GGCAGCAUGGCUUGCCUGCUGCGCACCUUGCGCAGCUCACAGCCCGUGGCGCGCUUCCAGCGCUGCUGCGGGCUCUUCCCAGCUGCCGAGGAGGGCGGCAGCGGCGGCGACCCCGCGGAGGGGGCACGGCAACGCGGCGUUUGCAACGGCGCUGGCGCGCUGAGCAGCCCGGCAGUCGCUGGCCGCGGCCCUCUCAGCGGGGUGCGGAGCGGCCCGCAGGGUUGCGGUCAGAAGUAUGUUGUGAAGAACUACUUCUACUACUACCUGUUCAAGUUUUCAGCUGCUUUGGGUGAAGAGAUUUUUUAUAUCACUUUCCUUCCAUUUACUUACUGGAACAUAGAUCACUCUGUGUCUAGAAGGAUGAUAAUUAUUUGGUCGAUAGUGAUGUACAUAGGCCAAGUCUCCAAGGACAUCCUGAAGUGGCCUCGGCCCCUCUCGCCACCUGUUGUCAAGCUGGAAAUGAGGACAGAUGCAGAGUAUGGGAUGCCUUCCACCCAUGCCAUGGCAGCUACCGCCAUCUCCUUCUCCUUUCUCAUUGCAACCAUGAACCAGUACAAGUAUCCAUUUGAACUAGGUCUGGUAGCAGCGUUUGUGUUCUCGAUGCUGGUGUGUCUCAGCAGGCUCUACACAGGGAUGCACACAGUCCUGGACGUGAUUGGUGGAGCGCUGAUUUCAGCUGUGUUGCUUGUGCUCUUGUAUCCUGCGUGGGACAUGAUAGAUCACUUGCUAUUAACUAGUCCCUUCUGUCCACUGCUUUCCAUGGUUGUGCCUCUUGUCUUAUGUUACAACUACCCCAAACUAGACUAUUACAGCCCUACCAGGGGAGACACCACUACUAUUCUGGGAGCAGGAGCUGGAGCAACUGUGGGAUUUUGGUUAAACAACCAAUACGCUGCACCAGCCUACACCAGCAGGAAUUUUCAGCUUGGAUUUCCUCUGAUCACUGGCAAAAUAGUGGUGGUUGUGCUAGCCAGGUUCCUCAUAGGGAUCUUUGUUGUUCUACUGACACGACAGCUUAUGAAGAGUGUGGUUCUUGGCAUGCUGGGUUAUCGAUACAAGUUUCCCAUUGGAGACCUGGAGGCACGAAGGCGAUUGGAAGUCGAAGUCCCAUAUAAAUUUAUAACAUACUCCUCAGUUGGCUUCAGUGCAACCGUGAUUGUGCCACUGCUACACAAGCUGUUAGGAUUGAUGUGAGUGCAGCACCUUCCUUACCAAGUAAUGUAUGGCACCACCAUUUCAAUGAUGCAAAGAGUCUGUUGAGGCUGGUAACUUGACCAAAAAGUGUUUUAUUCCCUUCUGCACUGGUGUGGUGGUUGACCCUGGCCCACCAGAGCCGCAAUAUCACCCCUCCUCAGCUCAACAGGGGAGAAAAGAUAAUGAAAGGCUUGUGGGCCAAAACAAGGACAGGGAGGGAUCACUCAGCAAUUACCAUCAUGGGCAAAACAGACUCAACUUGGGAAAAAAAAAAUUAAUUUAUUACCAAUCAAAUCAGAGUAGGAUAAGGAGAAAUAAAACCAAGUCUUAAAAAAGUCUCUCCAACCCCUCCCUUCUUCCUGGGCUUGACUUUACUCCCAAAUUAUCUACCUCCUCCCUCCUAGCAGUGCAGGAGGACAGGGACCGGGGUUGUGUUCAGUUCAUCACAUGCUGUUUUUGCUGCUUCCUCCUCCUCAGGGGAGGACUCCUCACACUCUUACCCUGCUCUAGCCUGGGGUCCCCCCAAGGGAAACAGUUCUCUACCAUCUUCUCCAAUGAAAGUCCCUCCCACAAACUUCAGCUCUUCACCAACUGCUCCAUUGUGGGUCCCUUCCAUGGGGUGUAGUCCUCCAGGAACAAACUGCUCCAGCGUGGGUCCCUGAUUGGUUGCAAGUCCUGCAGCAAACCUGCUCCAGCAAAGGGUUCUCUCUGCAUGGGGUCGCAGACUGCUUUAGAUACCCAUGUGCUUCAAUGUGGGGUCUUCCGUGGGCUGUAGGGGGAAGGUCUGCUCCAAUGCUUGAAGCACCUUCUUUCUCUUCUUCCUCACUGAUCUUGGUGUCUGCAGAGCUGUUUCUCACACAUCAUCUCACUUGUCUCUUCUCUAUCUGCAAUUGUUGCACAGGGGUUUUUUUUGCCCUUAAAUAUAUUAUCCCAGAGGUGCUAUCACCAUUGGGCUUGGCCUUGGCCAGCAGCAGGUCCAUAUUGGAGCUGGAUGGCAUUGGCUUUAUGGGACACAGGGGAAGCUUCUCACAGAAUUCACCCUUGUGGUCCCCACUGCUACCAAAACCUUGCCAUGCAAACCCAAGGUAUUGGGAACUGCUGUACAUUAUUAACUUCAGGUUAGAAAUAGCUGACUCCACUGUGUCCCAUAGUUAGAGAAUAGUGGCCUAGAUGACUAAAGCUGACAAAAAUCUUUGGUUACAAAGCCAAAAUCCCUGCUGAAAUGCAGCAGUGUAUGGUUUCCUGUGGGGUUGGGGGUACUGGAAGUAUGGCUGUGCCUAUAGGCUGCUGGUCCUGUGGGGUAUGGUGUGGUGUUGCUCCUGCUGAAACAGGAGAGCAAGCCAAGGAAGAGCUUACAUUUGAGGCAUGGGGGGAGCGAGCGGCUGGGGCAGGGGAAGAGGCAACCAGGCAAGAACAAAGCACCGACCUUGGGGCAUGCAGAGCUCUGUCAUGCCACACUAUCCCUUGGGGCCUAGGGAUGAAGGAAGAGUGGCUGAAGAUGGGAAGGUGAUGUGGAGAUGGAGGCUUUUCAAGUGCUGACACUUUCUUGAUGUCGGGCUUUGGAGCUUCCUGCUGGCCAGGACAGCAGGUUUCGUCAGCAAGCGUCAUUGGCACAGAUUGGAGACAUCCACAUUUGGGUACAGCUGAGCAUUUCACUAAAGAAAUCUGGUGAUUAUUGUACUUGUCGCAGUGUCUUCUGACACCACUCCCAGACCUGGCUAAUUCCAUGUGUAUGUUUUUACUCACUGCAAUCCCAAACCCUGAAAAGACCCCAGAAAGUAAAACAGAAGAAAGAAAACUCCAACACAAAACAUUGUGAUUUGUAACAGAUUUAUCUUGGAUAUUAAUAGGAAAACCUCCACUAAAAGAUCCUUUCACUACAUAGAACCGAACAGAGUUGUUACGACAAUGUUGAGGCUUGUGUUCAAAGUGUUUAACUCCCUUGUCCAGGGGACAGGACAGAGUCCUUCCUGUCAUGCAGAGGGGUACAAGCAGUGUCCUUAAACUGUGUCAUGGAAGGAGCUGAGUGGUGACUGGUGACUACAUGUGAUGAUGAUAUGUUGUCAUCAUUUUCUGGUGCUGCACAGCAUUAUGGUUGGUCUUCCAUGCAUCUUGCAAUACUGUGUAUACUUGUAGAGUAGUAGUUGACUGUUUGUAGGAUGGUUGCCACUAUAACUCAGGCUGCUUAUUUAAAAAUAUAUCUAUAUAUAUAUAAGCUCUUGGACCAAUGAGCUGCUGAGAAAUAAGGCAGUGAAUGUGGUCUGCUUGGCUACUAAGAUAUAACACGGUCUGACCGCAGAGCUUCAAGCAUCUUCCCAGUGCCUUUCCAGUAGAAUGUACAGUGAAAACCAGCUUUUUAAACCACAUGCACAAGCCAAGUGUCUUCCUGGCUGCAAGAAAAAUUAACCUGAAGAAUGUAAAGGAGGUGCUUUGCCAUCAGUUGACCACUAUAGAAUAAUCAAGUUCCGAAAGGUAGCUGUGAGUUUCGUCUGAGAAGCAGGAAGCGUGCACGUGAAAGAGCUCUGUGAGUUUAAAACCAGGUCAGUGGUCUCCAGAAGAAACACACACAGAAACUUCAACAUUUUUUAGGUUUGUCCAGGCUGCGAAUAAUCUAAGUCAGGCUGUGUGGACUUUACAUGUGCAUGCAAACAGCUUCAAUGGGUCUUUCAGCAGGGCAUGUGCCUUAGGUGAGUGCUGGACCUGAGGUCCCAUCCUCAGUCUCCCUCCCUCCCUUACCCCCACACACCACAGAAGCACUGCUCACAGACUUUAAGACACGUUCUGUUAGGAGUGCUUUACAGUGUACAGCUGCAUGGCAGAACUGAAGCACUGGGGAGGUGCCACACUGGAUGGGACUAGAACUGGGAAAAACUUUGACAGCAAGCUGAGUGUUUAAGCUGUGGGGUGGAAUCAGUCCCAAGAAAAGCAUGGAUUGAUGGGGACAUUCAUCCAGUUUUAUGUGUAAAAUUUCUGUUCUUAAUCACAUCUAUUUUCUGCUAUGAUGAUUUUAUAAAUUAUAUAAUGCUUGGAUUUAUAAAAUAUGUGCACAGGUAUUUUUAUCUUUUAUAGUAUUCACCUGCAUGUGAUUCAUGCAAUACAUGC